AUGGCAAAAAGGACCGCCGAGUGCAAGAUCACGCUACUUGUUUCGUUGCCGCGUCAUUCAUGUGUUCGUAAAUUUAUAGAAAAUGUAAAUCCACUUUUAUGCUCAGACUGUAUAGCUUUAGUUAGUGAAUACAGAUCCACACUAAUUGACGACAACCGAAAUAACACGCCAUCUGAUGAUGAAAGAAUUUUACAAGAUCUUUAUAAUGCUAUCAUACAUAACUUGGGCUUCGAUUGGACUUAUGUUUCAAUUUUUAUGAUUUUCAUAGUGUUAUUAUGCUUGAUAGUCUAUAUAAUUAUUGGAUAGCUGAAAAAAAGCCGAUAACAAAUGGGAUAGACUAAGGGGCCGGAUCUCGCUUUGAGCUAUAAUAAUAUCUGCAAAAAAAAAUCCUUCAGACUAUUCACCAUAAUUAUGUAAGAUAGGUAUAAAGUGCAUUAAAUAUAAAGUACUUAAUUUCAUUAAGUUUUGAAGUCUGUAUUAAAACUAAUUAUAAAGGGUACUAUUGUAUAUUUUAAUCA